AUGUUAAAACACGAAAGUAAGAAUUUCGGUUUGAAUUUGUUAUUUGGCGUAACCAUUCUGUGGAAUCAUUCUAAUGAAGUUUUAACAGCAUUGGAAGUGAAUGCUGUUAUUAAAAAGUUGAGGUCGGAACUGAAAAAUAAUCCCAACUAUUUGCAAGAGACAAUCAAAACCUAUUUUAAAGAGAAUAAUCAUAAGUUGGUUUUAACCAUGUCGCCUGAUAAAGAGUAUGAGGCUGAGUUGGAAAAAGCAGAAAUAGAUUUGAUUAACAAGAAAACUAAAAAUUUGGACGAUAAAGAUAAGAAAGUAGUUUUUGAAAAGUGCUUGGAGCUUCAAAAGCUCCAAAAAGCUACGCAAAACUCAAAUCUGCUCCGGACACUGCAAAUGGACGACAGAAACUCUGACACAGAAAAAAUCAACAAAGUUACUGUUUGCAUAAACAAUGUGCCACUUAAAUAA